AUGCACACUGCUCCGCCACCUUUACCUCCGCCGCCGCGUAUUCGCGAUCUGGAGAAUGGCUAUGAUGCGGGUUGGCUAUAUGCGAAUUCGAGUCGUUCAACGACGAGUCUUCCACCGAUUAACCCCAAUUCGAGCCUUUUCGGUGGCCAUCGACGACCUGAUUCUGCGCCGAUGAGUGAUCGUAUGGCAGUUGAUGAACUGGAAGGACGACAAAAUGGAUUUCCGCUUUCGCGCAGUCCAGAGGCGCAGAUUAAGAUUGAACCGCCACCUCCAACAGAUGAAGGGUUCCCGAAUUCUAUGGCCGUCAACACUACGGGCCCGAUUCUCAAGGGCGAGCAGAACUUUUCGCUGCGCAGCGUCAAGGACUCGUCAAAUGCAUACGAUCAACAUGUACUUUCGAAGAUUGGAAAUACUCUUUCACCACGCAACUCGAUCAGCCAAGGAUCUGAUCACCGAGGAUCAAUUUCGGCACUGACGGUUCCAUCAAUUCCGUCGCGCGCAUCCAGCAACCUACCAUCCCCAGGACCGUCAGAAGCUGGCUCGACUUUGGAUGUUAAAUGGUACAGCAGCCCUCAAUCAGGCGGAGUUUCCCCGAGGAGUAAAGUUGGUUGGAGGGAGUAUAUCGAAGGACGCAGUCCGAGCGUGGAGAGUAAUGCGCCUUCUUCGGCAUUGGAUUACGACUAUAUGCGAGACGUGGGUCGACGACGAUAUCGUGGAACGACGCCUUCCAGGGAAGAUAGUAUCAGUCUACCUAGCCGCUCCAACCGUGGGAGCUACGACCAAGGCGUUUUCUCCGACAUUGAUGGUGAGUUUUCUACCGAUGAGCUGGCUCCGCCACGCCAGUUCAUUCUUCGGGAACCGACGCCGCCAUAUCCCGAGGGUUCAAGGCAAGGCAUGAAGCGACGAGCAUCUUCGCCACCACGAGAGCCGAUGGGUGACGAUAGGCAUACCUUGCACUCGGCGACAAGCAAUGGUGAUUUAUCGCAACGCCGGACGAGUGGACAACCUUUCACGAAUACUCUCUCGGUUAACCCUAGCUAUGCUCCGAGUCACAGGACUCUUUCCGCAGCAUCAUCGCUCAGCAUUCGAACCUCCGGAUCCUACUCGUCUGCUCUUUCGAUUGGAGGUAGCAGCAUGACCAGCCUCUCGCCAUAUGAUAGGCCAUCUCCGGGAGGUCUCUCGCCCAGUUCCGAUUUGGAUGCGUUCCACGAAAAGUCAAUCCUGAACCCGAGUUCUCCUGUAUCGCUCAUGCAAUCGCUCCCGAGAUCUGUGACUGGCUCAAAUACUCUAGAACCGCCUGCAACCGAUGCCACGGGAAAGGUGUCCAUGCCAAGUAUCCUCAGCGUGCCGAAAGCUUCACCUGCAUCAAAGAUGGGCGGACUAUACAUCUGUGAUUGUUGUCCCAAGAAACCGAAAAAGUUUGACAAUCCGGAUGAUCUUCGCUCUCACGAAAUGGAAAAGCAAUACUCCUGCCAAUACUGCAACAACAGGUUCAAGAAUAAGAACGAAGCAGAGCGUCACCAAAAUUCCUUGCACCUCCGCCGUCAUUCCUGGUCCUGCGCCGCUCUCCCGAGCUUCCAGGCGGCCUUCCAUGGCUCCACCGCUCCAUCUUGCCAAACCAACGCUGGCCCCUCGCACGAUUCAUGCGGAUACUGCGGAGAAGAGUUCCCCAAUUUCCCACGACCCGACUGGGAUCGCCGGUUCGAGCACCUGACGACCGUGCACAAGUUUGGCGAGUGCAACAACGCGAAGAAAUUCUUCCGUGCCGACCACUUCCGCCAGCAUCUGAAGCAUAGCCAUGCCGGGAGUAGUGGCAAGUGGACUAAUAUCCUUGAAAAUGCGUGCAUGAAGGAGGAGCAGCCUCCUGAGCCUAGGGAUAAAUCUGGCAGUAUAUCAGGGCCGCAGGGCUCCGGUUCGCUAACCUCAAAUACCAUCGAGGAGGUCCUUAGUGAGCAGUGA